AUAGUUUUUACCUUAUUUAAACACACAUAUUACAGUACUCAAAAUCUGACCCUAAAAUUUGAAUCUAAAACCCAAGGCAAUGCAUGUGAUCUUCCCUCUGUGUCAUGUUGUUGCUUUCAUUUCAUGUCCUUCGUGCUGGUUGGUCGUGAAAGGUGGUUGCACGGAGACUUAUAUAACAUCUUCUAUCGACUCAUUAUUAUGCAACUCCGAUCCUAGCUAGCUAGCUAGGUUUUUUUAUUGUGUUUGAUUUGUUUCACCCCUACUUCUUUUUCUUAUAUCUUGUUUUCACAGAUGAUAUAUAUAUGUUGUAUUCAGUUUCUUUACAAGCAAAAUGAAAUAUGAG